ACACUUCCGGGAUUCCGUAACGUUGAAACGCACAGUUUUCCUAGCAAACAGAUCACGACCUCAAGGGCCGAUUGCGAUACAUAAGGUGAACCGCAUCUCUUCUGAAAAAUGAUGAUUUCAGAAGUCCUGCAGGUACUACGUGGGGCAAAUAAAGUGGGUUGUGCUCUGAUCGCCACCCAGGGGGAACAGCUCAGAUUUAUGGCCUGCAACUCCACACUGGGAGCAGCAGUCAAAUCUGCUCAGGAAGUGGCGGAAGGCCUCAUGGGCACCUUCAUGGGUGGCAGCAAUGCGCAACAGUCGAUCAAGGAGGAUGUUUUUCCUGACGUGGAGGGCUGGGAAAAUAUGGAUGCUGAUGAAGCUACCAAAUGGGCUGUGGCUUCAGACUUCCCCCCUGAUGCUAAUGACAAAACGCAAACAGACAGCAGUGCUCCAGGAGUGCAUCCUAGUCCAGAGGUGACUUCAGCGGGUCCUGGUUGGCCAGAUCAGAACAAACGCUUCCUCCACACAAUGUUUGCCUCAAAUAGAUUUUACCAGCCAACCAGAUGUGUCCAUGAUACGGUGGUGACCAGACUCACACCGGAAGAUAUCAAGAAAGCCAGGGAGGCCAAGCAGGGCUUGGUUAAACCUGCUCGACAGAGGCUUAAUGAUCGUGCUAGAGAGAGGAAAGUGCCUGCAACCAGAAUCAGCAGACUGGCUAAUUUUGGAGGUCUGGCAGUCAGUCUGGGGAUUGGUGCCCUUGCAGAAGUAGCAAAACAGUCACUGGGAGGCAAACAGAAAGAUAUGAAUGCCUUGCUCGACUCUCCCCUCCUGUCAGAAGCAAAUGCAGAGAGGAUCGUCAACACACUCUGUAAAGUACGUGGAGCUGCACUCAAGAUAGGACAGAUGCUAAGCAUACAAGACAACUCCUUCAUCAACCCACAGCUUCAAAAGAUCUUUGAGAGGGUCCGACAGAGUGCAGACUUCAUGCCAGCCUGGCAAAUGAGUAAUGUUUUGGAGAAAGAGUUGGGCCCAGGUUGGAGAGAGAGGCUGUCUUCCUUUGAGGACAAACCUUUUGCCGCAGCAUCCAUUGGCCAGGUGCAUCAUGGGGUUUUAAAAGAUGGUCGAGAAAUCGCAGUCAAGAUCCAGUACCCUGGAGUGGCGGAAAGUAUCCAUAGUGACAUUAACAACCUCAUGUCAGUACUCAAAUUAAGUGUGGUUCUACCUGAAGGCCUCUUUGCAGAGAGCAGCUUGGAGGUUCUUCAGAAAGAACUGGCAUGGGAGUGUGACUACGAGAGAGAAGCUGAGUCUGCCAAGAAAUUUAGAUCACUGCUGGCGGGAGAUGCGUUUUUCCAGGUUCCUGGAGUGAUUGAUGAAUUAUCAACUCGCAGAGUAUUGGCGAUGGAUCUAGUGCAGGGGGUUCCUCUCGACUGCUGUGUGGACUUGGACCAAGAGACCAGAAACCAGAUCUGCUUCAACAUCCUCCAGUUGUGUCUCAGGGAGCUUUUUGAGUUCAGGUUCAUGCAGACAGACCCAAACUGGGCCAACUUCUUUUACAAUUCAGACACCAACAAGGUGGUUCUGUUGGAUUUCGGAGCAUGCAGAAGUUACCCGGAAUCAUUUACAAAUGACUACAUAGAGGUAGUGCAUGCAGCUUCUGUUGGUGACCGAGCCACUGUUCUUGCUAAAUCCAAAGACCUGAAGUUCUUGACAGGCUUUGAGACUAAGGCCUUCAAAGACGCUCAUGUGGAGGCCGUGAUGAUUCUCGGUGAAGCUUUUGCGUCUUCCGAGCCCUUUGACUUUGGCACCCAGAGCACCACCCAACGCAUUCAGAGCCUCGUCCCCGUCAUGCUGCGACACCGCCUCACCCCUCCACCAGAGGAGACCUAUUCACUCCACCGCAAGAUGGCCGGCUCCUUUCUCAUCUGCUCCAAACUGAAAGCACGAAUAUCGUGUAAGGACAUGUUUCUGGAUGUGUACAACGCUUACCACCAGAGGAGGCAGGCUGAGCAGGUAGCACAGGCCAGUGCGUAGACAACUCCCAGGAGACUGGCAUCCAAGAAGGCUUGGGUGCUGUGAUGGAGAAUUACGGUAUCUCUAUGCUGCUGUUCUCUCGGGAGUACUGUGUUCAAUUUCUCCCCUAGUCUCAGUUUGCCUGCUGAUUGGCCCCUUUAUCGGUUGUGUAGAACAAUAAUGUCACUUCAAGGUUCUACAAAAUCUCAGGACUGCAUAUACCAGAGGGUAGAAACCUUAAAGACUCCAAAAGCUAUUUGGACCAUCUACCAAAGGGGGAAAAAAAACAAGACACAAAA